AACAAGAGUUGGGAAGUUUUCUGACGGAAGCGUCAUUAUUCUGAUGGAGUAUCGCAAUAAGCGCGUCUCUCUGGAUUACUACCGUUUGUUUGGGAGAGUUGCAUCGUUUCAUUUGGGUUACAAUAUCAACAAAAUCUUUCUCUUGGACUUUUAAUGAUUUAUAAUGAAGAUGAGGAGUUUAAUGUGUCACUUGGUCUUUACAUUGAUAAUGUUCACGUCGGUGGCAGCGAGGUGUCCUAAGGUGUGUCACUGCCCGGCGGAGCGUCCCGUGUGUCCGGCAGGCGUGAGUGCAGUGCCUGAUGGAUGUGGCUGCUGUAAGGUGUGUGCCGCUCAGCUGAAUGAAGACUGCCAUGAGGGACGACCCUGUGACCAUCAUAAGGGUCUGGAGUGUAACUAUGGUAAUGACGUAGCCAGUCUCCAUGGAAUCUGCCGGGCCAAACUUGAAGGACGCUCUUGUGAAUAUAAUGGCCGGAUGUAUCAGAAUGGAGAAAACUUCAGUGCGGGCUGCAAACAUCAGUGCACCUGUAUCGAUGGCGCCGUUGGCUGUGUGCCUCUUUGCCCCACCGAUAUUCCUCUGGCAUCACCUUCAUGCCCCGCCCCUCGACUCGUCAAAGUGCCCGGCCAGUGCUGCCUCAGUCUGGACUGUCACAGCAAGCCUUCCAUCCUUCCUCCUGUGCUCAUACGCCCUCAUCCACCUACUUACCUGUUUCCUGACCUGCACAUCUUCAAGAAGCCCUACAAGCCCCAAGACUACCUAGGCAAUGAACUGAUAGAGGUGGAAAGAAAGUGGGACAAACCUCGUAGUCGAAAGCACCUGUCAGCAAGGAAGCAAGCUGGGCGGCAAUGUGUCACCCAGACUACAAGUUGGACAUCUUGUUCUCGCAGCUGCGGGAUGGGGUUGUCCUCUCGGGUCACCAAUGACAACGCUCAAUGCAAACUGGUGAAGGAAACUCGACUCUGCAACAUUCGCCCCUGUAGUUCCUUGGCUGUGCCAAUUAAGAAAGGGAGGAAGUGCUCUCGUACCCAGAAGUCUCCUGAGCCGCUGCGUCUGCAUUAUGCCGGCUGUCGCAGUACUCGUCUCUAUCGACCCAAUUAUUGCGGAAUGUGUCUGGAUGGGCGAUGCUGCUCUCCACGCCGCACGCGAACGGCCCCCGUGCUCUUUGCCUGUCCUGAUGGCGAACGCUUCGAGAGGGGCGUCAUGUUUGUACAGUCCUGCAAAUGCAACGAUGAAUGCGGCAAUCUGAACGACGCAGCUCUUCCGCCUCAACGCUGGCUGUAUGGCGACAUCCACAAGUUCAUCGACUAGCCUGUGCUUCUCAGAAGACCUGAAUUCCCCGUCCUGCCCCCCCAAUCCCAGCAGAUUCCCAAUAGAGUAGCGCUUCCAAGUGUAACUGAGUAGAAGCUAAAGCAAGGCUUCCAAAGCCUUCAUUAUUACUCGAACCCACUUGAAAUAGGGGCAAUUUUGGUUUCAGAUCUGUUUUACAGGGUAGACUGGAGUCUUUAGAAUAGACAACCUUCCACGAGGGUCCUGAAUGCAUCAAUGGUGCCCAGGUUGUAAAUAUAUAGAAAAAGAUUUAAGAUUGGCUGGCCCUCACCACAAACAGUGAUGAAUUCAUGGGCAGUCUGCCCAGCUGGUGAGAUGUUGAUAUUCAUGUAGAAUUUAAGCAUGUUGCGUUUCAACAUUUAUUGGAGGAAAAGCCCCAACAGCACACUUAUCGAAUGGACAGAGAAUUGCAAACAUGGUAGGACCAAGCCCCAGCCUUUAUAUGGGUUAGUGUUUCCCUAAUUUGUAAUUUUUGCAUUUGUUGGCAAUUUCAUUUAUUGCAACCGCUGGCGCAAACAAGGGAAACUCAAAGUGAUUGGAAGCAGUCCAGUGAUUGCAAGGAAGAUAAGGACUUGGCAAAGUUGCAUUCGGACUCAACAUUGAGCCUGGCAGUAAGGCCAAGAAAGGCAACUUGACUUGUUUUGAGGAACAUGCAGAGUGGUUGUUUGAGAAGCUGAGACUCCAUCAUCUGAGUUAAGACAUUCGCCAAGUGCCCCAGCAGCACCCUGGCGUCAAAACAUCGACUCCCCAAUUACAAGCUAAUUACAAAUAUGUUCUUUGGGGGCAGAAAGAAACCCAGUAACCCUCUGUUUUGCAAUAAAAAUAUGUUUAAAACACCAGCAUGUGAUCUAAACAUGUAAUUUGAAAGUAAUGGGUGGGACUGUUCUCUCAAACUCUGCUCUAUUCUGGUCUGUAAUCUACCACUUGAUGCCUGAGACUUUGGCAAACUAGACUGUUGUCUGCGUUUAAUGGUGGAGUGGUCUAUUUCUGCCUCCUGGCAUUGGUACACAAAAUGACGGCGGUAGCAUCGUGCCAUCUGUUUACAGACAAAAGCAAUGAGGGUUUGAACAGGCACUUAAACUGUUUGAAGCCAUGUUGCCUGUAAUAGUCAUAGAACCAUUGUAGUAUUUUCAGCUGUGCCAAAAUCUCAAUAAUAAAACCUUAACCAAU